UGUUGAAGCAUUUACAGAUCUGCGACAAGCUACCAAACCAGAAGUGCGGGUUGUGUCCCGUCCUCUGCAUCUCUCUCAUCUCAUACAACAAAAAUAAUAUAUCCGAGCUGUGGAGACUGCUUGUGUUUAAUACUAAAGGCUUGAACAUUACUUCACUGACUGAGCUUCAAUGGGAUCCUGUGCAACAACAAUCCCUCUCUGCCGUCUCAACAAUGAACUGUGGGAAACCUCAAGCACUGACUGAGAAAUGGCAAGGUUUAGGCGCAAAACUUGCAUCGCAUUAAUUGCUUUGGUGUUGUUUGCGCUCAUAGUAACAGUGGUCUUGAAGACGCUGACACCAGAAGACUCUCCAUUCAGCAGCCCUUUUGGUAUGGAGCUGUUCCCGGAGAGAAAGAAUGACAAUCAGAUUCAGAAAGAAAACGACAAUAAGCCUGAACAGACUAAAAUGAAUGACUCUGCUCAGUCAGACAAACUGGAAGCUACACUGAGGAAGUUCCCUCCUCCAAACUACUAUCUCCAUGCCUUCUACUACGCAUGGUAUGGGAACCCCAAGUUUGAUGGCAAAUACGUCCACUGGGACCACCCGCAGCUGCCUCAUUGGGACUUGAAGGUGGCGCAGGGGUAUCCACAAGGGAGACACGUCCCACCUGAUGACAUCGGGUCCAACUUCUACCCCUCUUUAGGGGCUUACAGCUCCAGGGAUCCCUCCAUUAUAGAGUCUCAUAUGCAACAGCUGCGCACAGCAGCCAUCGGUGUCGUCGCUGUUUCCUGGUAUCCUCCUAAAAUAAGUGAUGAUAAUGGCGAACCAACGGAUGACUUUGUGCCUUUGCUGCUGGAAGUGGCGCAUAAAUACCAUGUUAAGGUAGCAUUUCACAUUGAACCAUACAAAGAAAGAGAUGAAGUCAACAUGUUCACUAAUGUCAAAUACAUCAUUGACAAAUACGGAGAGCACCCUGCUUUCUUCAGGUAUCGGACAAACACUGGCAAGCUUCUUCCACUCUUCUACGUGUAUGACUCCUAUCUGAUGAACUCGGAGCAGUGGGCAAAACUGCUAAAACACACUGCAAGUAACAGCAUCAGGGAUACCCCGUAUGACGCCAUCUUCAUCGCCCUGCUGGUUGAGGACAAACACAAGAGGGAUAUCGUUACCGCUGGUUUUGAUGGCGUCUACACCUACUUUGCUACGAAUGGGUUUUCCUAUGGGUCCACUCAGAGGAACUGGGAUUCCAUUAAAGCUUUCUGUGAAGACAACAACCUGAUAUUUAUUGCAAGUGUGGGCCCCGGGUACAUUGACACGAGCGUUCGACCCUGGAACUUCCAAAACACUCGAAACCGCAUCAACGGCAAAUACUAUGAAACCUCGCUGAGUGCCGCACUACAAGCCAGGCCUGAUUUCAUCUCGAUAACAUCUUUUAAUGAAUGGCACGAGGGGACUCAGAUUGAAAUGGCAAUUCCCAAAACGGGUCUGACCUUGUAUCUUGACUACCUGCCCAAUAAACCUGCAAUCUACCUUGAGAUAACUCGCAAAUGGGCUGCGAUAUUUGGUGGUGAGCGGCGGAAAUGGCAGGAUUAACCUCUAACUAAGAGCCAUAGUACAUGUUUAUUCAUGGUUGUAUGAACUAAAUUAAGUUGUAGUUGCAGAAUGCUCGACAAAAUGCAAAUGAUUAAUAAUUGCCAAUUGACUUCCAUAGUCGCAGGCCAGUGAACUUCAUUAUCUUAAUUUUGGCUGCAGUGAUGUAUGUGAUUCUUUUACACUUGGGUAAAUUAUUGUUAAUUUAACUGAUGUCUUAUUACUUGUGUUUACACAGCCUUGUACAUUUUAGGAUUCAUAAUUUAAACAGCAUGUCCAGCUGCAACUGCAUAGACAUGUUUUGCCGUCCUGUAAUCUGUGCCUAAUAUUAAACCUCAAUGCAAAUUUAAAAGAAAGUGCGUCAUGGAAAGUAAACAAAGCAGUCUGCUGGUGUAAAGAUGUCGCCUCACUCUGCUUCUAACUCCGCCCAAAACACAAUACGAGAAAAAAAAAAUCACUAUAUAGAUCUUUAUAUUUGAAAGAAGUAUAUUGAAAUCUGAGAUGUGAGUGAUAAACUGUAGAAAAUAAAAAAAAUGAAAGAUUAUUUGUAAUCUGUGGAAAACCUUUUUUGUGAAUGGUCUGACACAGUCGUACAUGUUUUCAUGGCGUCUGUGUGGGUUGACACUUAAACACCUCUCUGGUUUUAUUUUUGAACUUAUUUUUGUCACUUUUCAUUUCACUAUAGUCGUGUUUCUGGCCAACUAGCGACUCCAGUAUUGUUUCUCUUUCACUUCUUGUUUUGCUCAUUCAACUGUUGAGUGAAACAUCUGAAACUCUUAAACUGCUAAAUUCUCCUCUGUGUUCAUCA